AUGAAGCAUAGAGAUGCACCUGAGGAGAAAAAUAUGAAUACACCCAGGGAGGAAAAGCAUAUUUCUCAGCGGAGAAGGGAAUUUAUCCAAAGAUUAAAACUUGAAGCAACCUUGAAUGUGCAUGAUGGAUGUGUGAAUACAAUUUGCUGGAAUGAUACAGGGGAGUAUAUUUUAUCUGGUUCAGAUGACACCAAUCUGGUAAUAAGUAAUCCCUACCACAGAAAGGUUUUAACAACCAUUCGCUCAGGACACAGGGCCAAUAUUUUUAGUGCAAAAUUCUUACCGUGCACCAAUGACAAACAGAUUGUAUCUUGUUCUGGAGAUGGAGUUAUUUUUUACACUAAUGUUGAACAAGAUGCGGAGACCAACAGACAAUGCCAAUAUACGUGCCACUAUGGAACUACCUAUGAGAUUAUGACAGUACCAAAUGAUCCCUAUACUUUCCUCUCUUGUGGUGAAGAUGGCACUGUAAGAUGGUUUGAUACUCGAAUCAAAACAAGUUGCACAAAGGAAGAUUGUAAAGAUGAUAUUUUAAUAAACUGUCGUCGGGCUGCCACUUCUGUUGCUAUUUGUCCACCAAUCCCAUACUAUCUUGCUGUGGGUUGUUCUGAUAGCUCAGUAAGAAUAUAUGAUCGGCGAAUGCUUGGUACAAGAGCGACAGGGAAUUAUGCUGGUAGAGGCACUGUUGGAAUGGUGGCACGUUUUGUUCCUCCUCAUCUCAAUAACAAAUCCUGCAGAGUAACAUCUCUUUGUUACAGUGAAGAUGGUCAAGAGAUCCUUGUUAGCUACUCUUCAGAUUACAUAUACUUGUUUGAUCCCAAGGAUGACACAGCACGAGAACUUAAAGUUCCUUCUGCUGAAGAAAGACGGGAAGAGUUAAGGCAACCUCCUGUUAAACGUUUGCGGCUAAGAGGGGAUUGGUCAGAUACUGGACCAAGAGCAAGGCCUGAGAGUGAACGAGAAAGAGAUGGGGAGCAAAGUCCUAAUGUCUCUCUAAUGCAGAGAAUGUCAGACAUGCUGUCAAGAUGGUUUGAAGAAGCGAGUGAAGUUGCACAGAGCAAUCGAGGACGAGGAAGAUCACGGUCCAGAGGUGGGACUAAUCGAACAGAUGCUUCUGCCACUAAUAAUGUGCCACCUAGUACAGAAUCAGAAACUGCAAUGGAAGUAGAUGGUUCUGAAAAACUUGCAUCUUCUUCCUCUUCUACAAUGUCAGCCCAGGCUCCUUCAACAUCAUCUUCAACAGCAAGUCCCCCUUCAACUUCAUUAUUGUCCUCUCCUGAUUACGAACAAAUGCCUUCUUUAGGGGCCUCAGCUAAACCUGUGCUCCAUCAGUCUGAGUUAAUGGGACCUGAGUUAGCUAUAAUCCGUAGGGGUCUACAGCGGCUGAGGCUUAAGAAGGCAGAACAACAGAGACAGCGAGAGCUAGCUGAGGGGUCAGCACCACAGCCAUCAUCCUCUGAUCAGUCCUCCUCUAGGGGCUCCUCACAGGACCCUCAGACAUCAGAUUCUCCUUCUUCUGUGGUUAACAAACAGCUUGGAUCCAUGUCACUUGAUGAGCAACAGGAGAGUGAUAAGCCACGAACAGGAACAGAACCAGUUUUAAGUUUGCACUACAGUACAGAAGGAACGACUACAAGCACGAUAAAACUGGACUUCACUGAUGAGUGGAGCAGCACAAAUUCAAGCUCUAGAGGGAGUGGAAGUCAUUGCAAAACUGAAGACCAAGAAGACACUGUAAAAAAAGCCUCUGAAGAGUCUGGGCUUGAAGAUGAAGAGAUAAGAGUUCCUGAUGAAUCUCACAAGGGAGAUGCAAGUGCUGAAGACCUGAAAACUACAGAUGAAACUGUAGAGACAACAGAAGCAACCGUAUCAGAUAAACCUGAUUUUGAGCAUUCUGGAAUCCAACUGGAAGAGAAUGACCCCAGUAUUGCUGCUGUCUCUGGAAAUCUAGAGGAAGAAGGCUCCUGUGAAAAAAGCACAAAUCAAGAAGUUUCAAGUCAAAGUACUGAAUCCACUGCCAGCUCGCUUGCUGCGAACGAUGAACCUCAGCCACGCGCAGAAUCCUCAGGACUUGCAACUCCAGACGAGUGCUCUACCAGGACCUCAGCUCUCCAAGAAACUGAUGAUAGUGAUGAUGAUCCUGUUCUGAUCCCAGGGGCAAGGUAUCGAGGAGGACCAGGACACAGAUAUAAUAUCAGAGGAACAGCGAUAGGUGAUAGAAUAAUGAGACGAUCUGCUGUUGCCCGCAUUCAGGAGCUUUUCAGAAGGAGGAAAGAAAGAAAAGAAAUGGAAGAACUGGAAACGCUGAAUAUUAGACGUCCUUUAAUAAAGAUGGUUUAUAAAGGUCAUCGGAACUCCCGGACAAUGAUAAAAGAAGCAAAUUUUUGGGGAUCUAACUUUGUCAUGAGUGGUUCAGACUGUGGCCAUAUUUUUAUAUGGGAUAGACAUACUGCUGAACACCUCAUGCUGCUGGAAGCUGAUAAUCAUGUGGUGAACUGUCUUCAGCCUCAUCCAUUCGACCCAA